AUGGCAACAGGAGACCUAAAAGGAAAUUUAAGAAAAAUAGAACAAGGACUUCGCUUGUUAAAUUAUCCGAAAGAUGUGGAUUAUACAGUGUUAGUAAAGGGUGAUCCAGCUGCAUUUUUACCUAUCAUCAGCUAUUGUUUUACAUCUUUUUCAACUUACAUAACAGAACUUUUGGUAAAGUGGGAUGUGGAACUCACAGCAAAGAGUGAUUUGCGUUUUAUUGAAGCUAUUUAUAAGCUUCUUCGAGAUCAGUUCCAGUAUAAACCAGUUUUAACAAAACAGCAGUUUCUUCAGUUUGGCUUUGCAGAAAGAAAAAUGCAGAUUGUUUGCGACAUUAUCAACUGUGUGGUGAAAAAACAUAAGGAAUUAAGUAACUCGAAUAAGGUUAAAUCCCAAACAAGCAAAAAACUCAGAUCUUUUAAAUAUGAAGUAUUGCCAAAUUGUGAUAAUGUCCUUGCUGAUCCUAGUGGCAGUGCUCUGAAUUCCAAACAGAAGCCUCAUGUAGAACGACACUCAGGAAAUGAAGUUAGUGGUGACAUUCAUCCACUACCCCUUCCAGCACAGGGAGGUAAUGGAGAAGAAUUAUACCUAGAUCAUGAUGUUUUUGAAGUUAAAUGUGAACAAGUCAUAGAAGAUAGUUCUCAGAUUGAGUUCCUAAAGAGUCAGCUUGCUGAUUGCCAGGAAAAGCUUCAUAAGCUAGACCGGAUGGAAGAUAAACUAUGUGUUUUAGAAGAGAAACUGAAAGGAAAGGUCAUCGUAGAUGAGAAGGACUGGGAUAACUUGUUGAGUCGAGUUUUGCUUCUUGAAACAGAGCUGUUGUUGCAAUCCAAAAAG